AUGAGAGAAGAGUCAGAUAAUUCGCCAUCAAUCCUACGACCAGGUCAAACUUUUGCCCAUCGAGGUAGAAAGUACAAAAUAUUAAAGCAAAUUUGGCUAGGGCCAUUUAGUGAAGUGAUGGUUGUUGAAAAAGUUGACAGUAAUGGUAAUGGUAAUGGACAGUUUGCAAUGAAAAUUGAAAAAACAAAAGAUCCACAAAGGUCAGUACUAAAAUUAGAUGUUUUUGUAUUACGUGAAUUUCAAAAAACGAAAACAAUUGGUAUCCCACAAUUAAUUACUCAGGGAUGUACAAAUGAAAUUAAAUACGUUAUCAUGCAAUUGCUUGGUCCAGAUUUGGAUAAAUUACGUCGUUGCCUACCGGGCAAAAAAUUUACUUUAACAACGGCACUUCACCUUGGCAUACAAACAUUGGAUCGAAUUGAAACAUUACAUGAUACGGGUUGGCUUUCACGUGAUAUCAAAGCAAACAAUUUUGCGAUUGGUUUGAAAGAUGAUAGUAAAACAGUUUACAUUCUCGAUUUUGGAUUCGCUCGACGAUUUAGAGACAAAGAUGGCAAAUUUUAUCAACCAAGAAGUUCAGCAGCUCUCAUAGGAUCCAUUUAUUAUUCAUCGUUAGCAACUCAUGCAUUCAAGGAUCAAUGCAGAAGGGAUGAUAUUGAAUCAUGGUUUUAUAUGGUUUGUGAAUUUAUUAAAGGUCCACUCCCAUGGGCAAAUGCAGAUGUUCGAGAAGAUUAUUUGUUAAUUGGUGAAUGGAAGCGUUAUGCAAGAUUUAGUGGACGAUAUGAGUUACUUAAAGGCGUACCAGAAGAAUUUGAUAAAAUACUGGAAAUGAUUGAUAAUAUAAAAUAUUUCGAACGACCGGAUUAUCGAACAUUUCGUAAAUUGAUCAAUAAUAUUUUUAUUAGAUUAAAGCUUAAUCAAAAUAUACCAUUUGAAUGGCAAACAAAUCCAAGCCUUAUUCAAAAAGCAUCACUGAUCGGUGAUCAGGGUCAUUCUUGCUUUAUUAGCUAUCGAUUACGGGAAUUAACCAAACAACCGGAUUCUAUGUUUUUUCGACCAUAA